AUGCGCUUCCAUGGAAUCGACGAAUUCGACCCCAUUCUUACCCUGAACCCAUGGACAGGCGAGCAAAAUGCACUGACGGUGCACUCCUUUGUGAGGUAUUUUCAGCGCCACAACAUCGCCAAAGACCUAUCGCGACAUAUUGUACCCUCCGUAUGGGGUCCGUUCUGCGACGAUGGGAGUCCGGAGAUGAACUUUGAUGCGGAGUUGCGCCUCGCCCAGCGCUUGGAACGAGGCUUGCUCGUUCUUUUUCACAUGGCGGACAUUGCCCGCGACACGGAAAGACUCAAACAUCGCAGGAAACCUUUGGCACCUGUUGUCAGUGGGCGUCUCUUUGUGCUCGGAAAGAUGCUGGAUGAGUACGAUGAGCUUCCCCAGCACAGGAAACAGAUGAUGUCAUUCGAAGAUUACACCAAUCACGUUUAUACGGUGUUGAAAUGGGGGCAUGUGGAGGCUGAUAUAGGAAGGAGACGGUUGGAAUUCCGAGGAUGGCUUGACGAGCAGACCGAAAUCGACUUCCACGCCUCUCUGCGAAUGUUGCGAGAGCUGAUGGAACGUAUGCUUCUCCGGCACGGGCCCAAGGAUUGGCACCGGGACGCCAAGAACGAAUACAGCGUCAUAUCAUGGUUUCUUCUGAAACAACCACCACGGUCACUGGCAAAGCUGUUCUUGAGUCCUCAGAACGAAUGUUGCGACCUUGAAGUGAAAGCUACUGAUUGCGGUGUUAGGAAAUGCCGUUUCUCAGACCCGCUCGAUAAUUACUGGAAAGCAUGGAAGAACGUCCCCGAUCUAGGCUGCCAGGACUGUGACUGCAAGCGACGAGUCAGAAGUUGGAGUGUCAAGCCUGCGCUGAUUGAUGCCCGAGGGAGAGACGAUGUCCUCUCCACCCUUCAAUCCACGCGCCCUCUCUUCUCCUCCUAUCUCCGCAUCCGAUCCCUUGCCAAAUCACCCAGCAAUCCAGAGCUCCAACAAGCGCGCUCGGAGCUCGAGACAACACUCACAGAUCUGACCGCAGACCUAGACGAUCUAGUUGAGAGUGUGCGUGCAAUCGAGCAAGAUCCGUAUCGGUUUGGUCUGGAAUUGGAAGAGGUCCAGCGCCGCCGGAUUUUAGUUAAUGAUGUCGGGGCCGAGAUUGAGAAGAUGAGGGAGGAGUUGCAGAGGGCUGUUACGGCUUCGGGAGGCGCUGCUGGUGGUGGACUACCAAACCCGGCAGACUUUGAUAAUGUUUUAUCGCCGUCUGCAGAGGAUCGGGGGGAUGAUUACUAUGCUGCGAUGGAGCAGCAGCGACAGAUGGAGUUGAUGCAUGAGCAGGAUGAGCAAUUGGAUGGGGUGUUUCGGACUGUGGGCAACUUGCGACAGCAGGCUGAUGAUAUGGGGAGGGAGUUGGAAGAGCAGGGGGUCAUGCUAGAUGAGGUGGAUACGUUGGCCGACCGUGUGGGAGGCAAGUUGCAGAACGGCAUGUCGAAGCUCAAAUACAUUAUCCGGAAGAAUGAGGAUACAAUGUCGUCCUUUUGCAUUGCCGUCCUCAUAUUCGUUUUGGUCCUCCUCCUGAUCCUGCUCAUUGUUCUUUAA